CGCCGUCCGGCUGCUCUCCCUAUCUGGUUGACCGUGCCCGAGCAGAACCGAGAGGUACGCGGAUGUCAUGUUAUUGGUUUGCAACGACGAAGAAAGUCUCUCGAUUCCGGCCCAUAGGCUUCUGCUGGGAACGUUUAGUUCGUACUUUGCCAACAUCUUCGAGCGAACGGCACAACUGGCUCCGCAGGGUAUGAUGUAUAUCGUGCUACCGCCGCUCGUAACAAGAGCAGCCAUUCAGAGCCUACUGCAGUACAUGUACUCUGGCGAAACAAUCGUACCGGCGGAUCUACUUGAUGAUGUGAUGCUCUGUGGUCAACUGCUGCGGGUGCACGGAUUUUGCACGAGAAAAUCGGCCGGAUUGCAAUCGCAAAAAGCACAACCAUCCCUCACCUCAAUUCCUUUGGUUUCGGUUACGAAAAACCUCACGCUAAAUCACACUAUAGAGACUCUUCAGGAGAUGGCGCCGGUCACAGUUACCUGUGAAGCACCUAGACCCAUGGAAACGGAUCAACAGCAACAAACCCCAGUUCACGUUCAGCGAUCCAGCACGGACCGGCAAACGGCAUCGGAUCGGCCAGCCGUACCGGCAACCGAACAAUCAUCUUCCGUGUUGGAACGUGAACGGGAACAAGCUGAAAAACAACUAGAACUAGAACGUGAACGAGAACGUGAACGAGAACGUGAACGAGAGCGGGAACGAGAGCGAGAACGAGAGCGGGAACGAGAACAGGAGCGUGAACGAGAGCGAGAACGUGAACGUGAACGUGAACGCGAAUUGGAACUGGCAAAGGAAAAGGAAAAGGAGCGUGAAAAAGAAGAAAAACGGAAGAAGGAGGAAAAGGAGCGUGAAAGGGAAGAAAAGGAACGGGAAAGGCAGGAAAGAGAGCGAGAGAGGGAGGAAAAGGAGCGCGAGAGGGAGGAAAAGGAGCGCGAAAGAGAGGAAAAGGAGCGAGAAAGGGAGCGAGAAAGGCAACGUGAAAGGGAACUGGAGCUCGAUCGUGUCCGGAAGCGCGAGUUGGAGCUCGAUCGUGCCCGGGAGCGCGAAUUGGAGCUGGAACGUGCCCAAAAGCGCGAGCUGGAACUCGAGCGUGUCCGGAAGCGUGAGCUGGAGCUCGAUCGUGUCCGGGAGCGCGAAUUGGAACUGAAACGUGUCCGCGAGCGCGAACUGGAACUGGAACGUGCCCGGAAGCGCGAGCUGGAGCUCGAUCGUGCCCGGGAGCGCGAACGGGACCGUCAACGGCAGAUGGACAGGGAGCGGCUAAGAGCUCUAGGGCUCGAGCGAGUCCGUGUGAACGAGCUGGAAGAACUGGCACGGUUUGCACCUAGCAGGAUACUAGCCGAACCGGAUGUCGAGAUGCUGGACGCUAAUGGUAGAGAGGAUGAGGAUGAUGAUGAGGAUGAGGAAAUUAGAAAUGUAAAAACAGAAAAUACUGCAGCCACAGAAGAGGAAGAAGAUGCAGAAGAUAGCCGUGAUUCACGAUCACCGACUCCACAGCCGAUUGUGUUGCGACCGAAGAACAAGCCAAAACUCCCUCUCACCGACAGCAUACGCACGAUCGACGGAUUAACAUCGGAUGAGUCAGCGCUGGAAAUCGUGACGAAUGGUCCGGAAUCGUCACCGUUCAGUAGCCGGGCUCAAAACAGUCCAAAAAGCAUUCGAAGUAGUCCGCGGCUCGAGUCAAUUAUUGAGUCCGACAACGAGGAUCUUAGCCUACCAAACAGCAGCGAACUUCCGGGGUUGGCCGCUGCCCGACCCGAUGACGAUCAUCUAGAUGAACCCCAUUCCGUCAGCGCGCCCGAUGAUCAUCUCGUCUACUCGCCGCUUGGCUGCCAGCUCUGUAGCGACACGUUCACAACUCCCGGCGACUGGGUGCAGCACGUGUACGGUCACUGCGGUGAAGAUCAGUCCCAGUGGAAACGGAGGCGAAUGUCGAGGAACGACGAUAAGGGAACACUCUUCGAUUCACGCUACCGGUGUGACAUGUGUUCGUCCUUCUUUAGCACGAGGAACGAUUGGUUGGGGCACGUGGUGGUGGAUCACGAGGAAUGCAUAAACGACUGUCUGAUUGCGCUGCCGUUCAACGAUUAUGAUAUGAAAAAACCCAGUUUUCCUAGCCUUUGAUUCUAAACAGUGCGAUCCGGAAUGUGAAGCUUCCUCCCUUGGAUUGCCUACCUGAAAAGGAGCGUGUGGUCCAGAAUUAAAUUUCAAUCAAAUUUGAGGCUUCUCCAUCGCAGGAUCUUCGACUGUACCUAUAGCGCUAGGAUUAUAAUUCCCCCUCCUCCCUCUUUUCCCUUACUUGUAUGUCACGCGUCUCCGCGAAACACGUGAUUAGCUCAUAAAUGGCAUGAUUAUUUGAUUAUACAAGAAGCAGAGUGUAAAAUGUAUUAGGAAAACCAUUUCAU